AAUGUAAAUAGUAUUCUAGGUCUUAGAUGUCCUGACCUGUUGAACAUGCAGAGACCCUGACAAACUUAAAAUCAGAUUUUGACCUUAAUUUUAAAGCAGAUAAAUCCUUUAUUUCUGCAUGUUGAAGCCGUUCACUGAGAGUCCAGCAGCUGUAAACCUGCAGGAUCCUCUGACCUCUCCGUCGACCCUUUGACCCCGGCGGUUCAGCCAAAAGAAGUGAAACGGAAACAACAGCAGGACUGGGUCCAGCAGCAGAACCAGAUACCACAACAAAGGCGUGUGAGGUUUUAUUCCACCUCUCUAAGCCUCUUAGUCCUUAGUCCUCCUGCCUGCCUGCCUGCAGCCGUCCUGCUGCUGCUGCCGCCGCCUCCGAUCGGACCGUGAUGAUUUAAUCCCUCACUGGAAAAAGUUAGCUCGUCUUGGCUUGCACAGGUUUGUCACCCUGCCAGCCACACACACCAAGCAGACAAAAGUGCGCCAGAAUACUUGGAGGGCAUGGAGGAGCUUCUGUUACCGAGCGGCGAGGAGGAGGCGCGCUCCGAUCACAGCUCAUAUGCUCCGGGACACGCAGGGAGGACGAUGGGGGACCGAGUCAAGACCUUCUUCGAGGUGACGGUGAAGGAGGACCUGAAGAGGACCGUGAGGAAUUUCCUGAAGAAGAACGGGCUGCUGACUCUGUCUGUUAUUGCUGUGCUGACCGGAUGCACACUGGGCUUCAUGCUGAGAGGAACUCAGCUGUCCACGCAGGCCAAGAUCUACUUCUCUUUUCCCGGAGAGCUGCUGAUGAGGAUGUUGAAGAUGCUUAUUCUUCCUCUCAUCACAUCCAGUUUGAUGUCGGGUCUGUCGUCGAUGGAGUCCAAGGCGUGUUGUCGGAUGGGGGUGCUCACCGUCACCUACUACCUGUGG